UCUCUUUCCCCUCUUUCCUCCAAGGAAAUGAAAUGAACUGUUAGAGGGAAACCCUAAUUUUCGAAAAUUAGGAAAUGGAAGAUUAAUCAAUUGGUUUACUUGGAACAGAAAUUCAUCACUUCUUCUCUCGUCAGCUUCAACAUAAAUUCAUUUUCUUUUCUGUUUUCUCUCUAUAAUCAAUUUGAGAGGCCAAAUUUGAAGAAGAAGAAGAUUGAAGAAUCAGCAGCAGCAAUGUCGAGCAUUCCGGAAGAGUUAUACCAUGAAAUCCUUUUAAGAUUACCAGUGAAAUCAUUACUUAUAUGCAAAUCUGUCUGCAGGAAUUGGUAUGCUCUAAUUUCUACCUCUGAUUUUGUUAAAACCCAUACUGCUAUUCAGGACGAAAAACCCAUUCUCAUGCUAGAGCUAGAAGGUCCUGUCUGGAAUUGCGAAAGUAGUAUAGUUUACUCCAUAGGUUAUGAUUCAUUAGCAUCAACUUCAAUUGUUGAGAAUGAUGCGAUUGAUGGGAUUGAAAUGGAUUACCCAUUCAAAUCUUUAGCUUAUCGCAUUGUUCGAUUGUUGGGUUCAUCCAAUGGUCUGGUCUGUAUGUGGUUGUUUGAUAAAGUUGGUGAUAGGUGUUGUAUUUGUCUUUGGAACCCAGCCACAAGAGAAUAUAAAGAAAUACCACCAUUUUCAGCAAUUGGAUCAUAUUGCGAUGUUCAGUUACAUGCUUUUGGUUAUGAUCACAAAACUGAUGAUUACAAGUUGUUAAUAGGUGUAGAAGCUGCUGAAAGCAAGGAUACUACUAACAUCCAUGUCUAUACGUUAGCAUCAAAUUCGUGGAAAACCGGGAUUCCUUAUCGGUUUCCUUAUGAUCAGAGAGCUGGUGUGAGUUUUAAUGGAGACCUUCAUUGGGUACCACUAGGUGAUCAAGAAAACUAUGUAAUACUCUCGUUGGAUAUCAGUGACGAGAAUUUUAAAGAAAUGCAAAUACCAAAAGAACUUUCGCGUAACGCAGCAAACCAGUAUCUGUUUCUGGGAGUGUUGGAAGGGUGCCUCUGCUUACUUGUCAGCUUAGAUGUUGAUGGUCAGUUUGAAGUACGGAAGAUGCUGAAUUAUGGUGUUCGAGAAACUUGGACUAAGUGUUAUGUCAUUGCCCAUGACAGUCUUAUCAGUAAACAGUUUUGUUUUAGGAUUGUGUGGUCUUUUGAGAACGGGGAGAUCAUAUUCUUAAAUGGCGAUGGGCUAGUUUUGUAUGAUCUAAAAAAUGGAAGUGCUACUGAACUAAAUAUCCCUACUUGUGUAAAACGUGUCGAUGGGCUAGUUUUCUUGGAAUUCGUUGACACCAAGAAUCAUUUUGAAAGCUUAGUUUCUCUGAUCUCCGGUAGUUAUAUCAGGUGGGAGAAGAUGAAGAAUCAAUAGCAACAUGAAGAAGCCGCCUAAGAAGAAAACCAGUUUGCAAUCACUUUAUAUGGUAUUAAGGGAUCUGAGAUGGACCAGUCAGAAGAAUGGACAAAACCUGGCAGCUUAACCAGUGCUUACAUCCGCUUCUUCAGCAUCUUCUUGUUUGAAAAAAUUUCAGUUCUAACUUUCAGGUGUCUUUGGUUUUCUGUUAAUCCCUCUCUCCGCUUGUCGGAAGUUGAUUUCAUUUUAUUUUCAUUUAUGGUGCUUUGAUUUGCUCUAAUAUGUCAAUGAGUUUUCAUAUUAGGCAAGGAAAUAUGUCAGGAAAUAGUGGGCAACCUUCUCAACUUAAAUGAAAAGUAUAUGCCAUAACUUCCUGUUCAU